AUGCAGCUCUCGCCGAAAAACACAAGGCCCCCGAACGAACGCCCGCCGCCGUACUGCGCACGCGAUGGCCCGCCCCAGGAACAACGCGAGGCCGGCAGCGCCAAGGCGGACGCAGACGACUCCCCUUGGCCGCCCAAAGACAUCGAUUUGUCAAUCAUGUUCCUCCCGGAUCCGAUGGACCCAUGGCUGAAUAACGCGGCCUGGGAAGCCGAUGUGGAUGUUGUGGCCAAGGACGUGCCACGCCUGAUGAGGGAGGGCUUCCACUGGAACGAGGCAAAUAUCCAGAGGGAGAAGGGACAUAUGGUUCUUAGAGGUUUGCCACCCAUCCCGAGAAGUAGAGGUUGGAGCUACGCCCGCGUCUUUUACCUCACCGAUAAACCGCGAGAUGGAGGAGACGCGCAGUGGACUGCGACUCUGACGGUUUUCGCCCGCAAACUCUCUGUGCUAUCCAACUUCAAACCGAGGCAGAUCUCUCUCGGCAAUGUUCACAGUGCUUGGGCCUGGAAUCGUGACAAGAAGCUCACAUACUCUUAUUAUGCUAUCCGCCCCGGCGAUAGCUUCAACACCAUUUAUGAUGAUCGGCCGCUGGAGGGAUGGUGGCCAUGGCCAAAGAAGAGGCAGAGCCCGCUGCAGGGAUGCUGUCCAUGGCUGUAG